CACCUGACUGGUAACUGUGUGAGUGCGCCAAUCAGCAGCCACCAGGUGUGAUGAGUUUACACAGAGUGAAGCGUCUCUAAGGUUUGGCAGUGUUGCAGCAACAGGGAUUUUAUUUUUUCUGUGGGUCUCCAUGGCUUGGCUUGGAUUUGCGUUGUUGUUGCUACUGGUGGUGGUCCGUGGAUGGGAGCGGGACGACGAAAAACAACUUUUCAAAGCCCCCACAGCCUUGUCAGAUGACGAGGAAGAUGACAGUUUGGACAUCGGUGACUACGACGACUAUGAUGAGGACGCCGACCCGUCGGUCCAAGUGGAUGCAUUAGACUACCAUCCAGGAGAGCUAGGUGGCUUAACAGAUGAGGAGGAAGACUCUCCAGCAGGCCGGACAAGCACAACCAAUCCAAGUCAUGAAGGCCUUCAAGUAGUGUGCGGCGAAGCUGGCUUCCAUAUCAAUUUACCAGCUGGGCAACAAAGUCUCCUGAAAGUUUUAGGCUCUAAAGAACUGCAUCCUGUCAAUCCUGUCGAAGAGACCUGUGGGGCGAAUGUGACCAAUCUCCAGAACAACUUGACUGUGCCCUACACCGGAUGCUUCGUGGAGACUACCAACAGCUACAGCCUGCAGCUGUUGUACGUCGACAAACUCGGUCAGGCCCAAGUCGCCACAGUCGUGUGUGACCCAAGCCUGACCCCGGACCCUGUUUUUAUGCCUCGCUCUGGUGUCGAGCCCACCAGUUCUUCAAAAUGCAGAACUCCGCCGCCAUUGACAUCAGCAAAGGCACAAAAUUGUGCCGUGACUUCUGAGCAGCAGCUGGCUUGUGGACAAGCAGGAAUAUCACCCAAUGCUUGUGACACCAUGGGAUGCUGCAUGGACCCGACCACAUCCAAGUGCUUCUAUCCAAUGGAUGAGUGCACGCUGGAUAAGCACUUUGUUUUCAUAAUCAAAUCCAUGUACGCCUCCAUGCCUCUGGACCCCACAGAGCUGGUGAUCCCGGGAACCAGCUGCAAGCCGGUCCUUGUGAACGCCAAGUUUGCCAUCUUUAAGUUCAAAGUGACGGAAUGUGGAACGCACACUUAUGACGUAGGCAUGACGAGGUUCUACUUGGCUGAAGUGCAGACACUUGUCAAAGCGCUCAACCUCAAAUAUGGUAUCAUCACAAGAAGUGAUCCAUUAAGAUUCUUGAUUGAGUGUCGCUACAAUAUUUCCAGUAACGCUAAGCAGCCUCUGGCAAGUGUUGGCUACAUGGUGAAGAUCCCCACUAGCAACCUGCCAUCAUCCAUCCACUCUGGUGGCUUAUAUUCAGUUCAGUUGAAGAUCGCUACUGAUAUGACCUACUCCACUUUCCUGCCCUCUUUCCCAACCUUGCGCUUUGUCCUGGACAAACCUGUUUUUUUGGAACUGAGCUUGUGGUCUCCCAAACCCAAUGCAGUCAUUCUGGUUAGAUACUGCCUAGCGUAUCCUCGGUCCGCAAAGAAUGCUCUGGUGCUUGUUUACGAAGGGUGUGCAAACCCUUAUGACCCAAAUGUGUCCAUCCUGCAAGUGAGCGGCUUGCCCCGCAAUCGCCAUCAGAGGCGUUUGGUGGUCAAUGCUUUCCAGUUUAUGGAUGUCAAAACUAAGAAAUACUUGGAUGAAGAAAUCCUUUUCAUGUGCUCUUCGGAGGUUUGUUGGCCAGACGAGACCACUUGCGAAGAGCAGUGCUUUGAUGGAAAGGAACCAUGAGGACAUCCUACAAGACUCACAUGGACUUUCCCCUUGUAAUGUUUUAUUGUACAGUAAACCGAUGGACAAAUGUUUCAUCGUCUGCAAUUUCCUCCAUGCAAGAAUUAAAAUUAUUUAACAGUAGAA